AUGGAUGUACCAGAGGGGAAUGGAAACCCUUUGGGCAAUGGACUCGGUCGAGCUAGGCAAACUCGACCGAUUGGUCAAGGAGAUGCUCCAAACCGCCACCAACAGAGACAAGGGAUUGUUCCACCACCAGUGCAGAACCACAACUUUGAGAUCAAGCUGGGAAUGAUCAACCUUGUCCAGAACAAGAUGUUCCAUGGAUUGCCAAGUGAAGACCCCAUUGACCACCUUGAUGAGUUUGAUAGGCUUUGUGAUUUGACAAAGAUCAAUGGUGUCUCUGAAGAUGCCAUCAAGCUGAGACUCUUUCCUAUGUCUCUAGCUGACAAAGCUCACCAAUGGGAGAAGAGCUUGCCCCAUGGCACAAUCACCACUUGGGAUGAAUGCAAGAAGGCCUUUCUUGCUAAGUUUUUCUCCACCGGUCGCACAGCCAAGCUUAGAGGAGAGAUAUCCAGCUUCAUCCAGCGAAACAAUGAGACAUUCGCAGAGGCUUGGGAGAGGUAUAGGGAGAUGCUAGACACAGCUAGCAAUGGGAACUUCCUCAACCAGGAUGUAGAUGAUGGCUGGCAACUUGUGGAGAACAUAGCUAACUCAAAUGGAAGCUAUGGAGAAGAGUAUGAUCGCACCAACCGGAGCUCGACCCACCACUCGAUCGAGUCAGACGAAAAGUUGAGAAAAGAUGUUAAGGCAUUGAAUGAGAAGUUGGAUAAGCUGAUCCUAGCUCAGUCCACAAUGAAGAAAGUCAACUUUGUGUCUGCUGAGGAGAUGGAACCAGUCCAAGAAGGGGAGGAUACACAAUUUGCUGAGGUAUGCUACAUGAGCAAUGGGCAAGGAGGACCAAGUAUAUCCUCAACAACAAGCAGCUCAGAACCCCAGGAACAGUGCAAGGUCAUCUUCACUCAAGAAGGACUUGUUGAAGAAGAGGAUCAAGAAAGGGUCAUUGAAGAUUUUUGUUUACUGCUGAAUGAUGAAGAGAUUGUUGCUGCUGAGGCUCCUGGAGUCCAGAUUGAUCAACCAGAAGUGCAUGCACCUACUGUGGCCAUUCACACUUCACCAGUUGAGCUCGCACGACAAGCUCGAUCGGCAGCUCGAUCGAGUCCAACUCUAGCUCGAUCGAGUCCGACCUCUUCUGUCCGACAGCCUGUUUUGCUUGAUCCUUAUCAACCGGUUGCCGCUUCCUCGUCUCGCCUACUUAGUCAAGGUCACAAGGAAGUGAUUCACAAGUUCAGAAGAGAUCUCAGUGGGAUUGGAAUUGAGUUGCCUCCUAUGGAUAGCAUGAGUGAGGCAUUUGAUCAAAUGCAAAUGGUCAAGGAUGUUCUAGCCAACAGUGAUAAAGUUUCAGAGGUCCUACAAGAGUCUACUCAUCAGUUCAACCUGCUUACUUCACCCACCUUCCUACCAAAGGUCAAGGAUCAAGGGAAAUUCACUCUCCCUUGCACACUUGGGCAUCUUGAGAUUGACAAUGCCUUAGUGGAUUCUGGAGCAAGCAUCAAUCUGAUCUCUCUCUCCAUGGCAGAGAAGCUAGGCAUAGCUGGAGCCUUGCAGCGCCCUACUACUUCAAUCACUUCUAAAGUCUCCUCUUGGAGUGUUCAAGAACUAUCACUUGAAAAUUGGAGAAUGCAUCAUCCAAACUGA